AUGUUCAUCAAAUACGCUCUUCCCGCCCUGGCUGCGGCCCAGGCCGUCUUUGCUGCUAGCGAUAACUGCGGCAAGGGUGAUACCAUCAAGAUCGAGAACCAGAGCGAUGCCGACGGCUACUCCAGCUGCAGCACCCUUAAGGGCGAUGUUGAGGUCUCCGGAACCUACGCCGGCGAUCUUCAACUCAAUGGAAUCAAGCAGAUCUCCGGUUCGCUGAGCUGCGAUGGUGCUUCCAACAUGACCGGUUUCUCAGCUUCUCAGCUGAACUCCAUUGGCGACACCUUCAAGCUGACUGGUCUUACCACCCUCACUACCCUCAGCUUCGGCUCGCUCACCAAGGUUGGCUCGAUCGAAUUUACCGCUCUGCCUCAGCUCCAGAGCCUGGACUUCACCAAGGGAGUUACGGAAGCUGGCAGUGUCGUCAUUACCAACACUGGCUUGAGCAGCCUUAACGGUAUCUCGCUUGAGACUGUCGGCGGCUUCGAUAUUACCGAGAACACCAACCUGAAGACCGUCAACGUCAACAACCUGAAGAACGCUACUGCUCUCAUCAACUUCGCUGGUAACAUGGACGGCCUCGAGAUUGAAUUCCCCAACCUUGGUACUGGUCAGAACAUGACCUUCCGUAACGUCAGCUCGGUUUCCGUUCCCUCUUUGGAGAAGCUCAAGGGCCAGCUCGGCUUCUGGGGUAACAAGUUCCAGUCGUUCAGCGCUCCUAACCUUACCGAGACCAGCGACUUGAUCUUCAACGACAACAGCAAGCUCAGCAACAUCAGCAUGCCUGUGCUCAAGACUGUCAACGGUGGCUUCCAGAUUGCCCGCAGUGACAAGCUUAACGUCAUCGACUUCCCCAAGUUGGAGACCGUCACCGGUGCUAUUGACUUCAGCGGUGAAUUCAACGAGGCCCACCUUGACUCCCUUAAGUUAGUUCGCGGUGACUUCAACAUGCAGAGCACUGGUAACAUCAGCUGCACUGCCUUCGACAAGAUGGCCAAGGGCCGCGAGGUCAUCAAGGGCACGGAAACCUGCAAGACCACCGAAACCCCCGAGACCCGUGAUGGCAAGUCUGGCUCUACCACUUCCACUGGCAAGGCUUCUGCCACCUCUACUGGUGCUGCUUCUGCUCUCGAUGUGUCUUCUAUGCCUGCCAUGGGCUUGGCCGCUGUCUUCGGUGCCCUUGUCCAGUAUGCUCUGUAA